ACUGUCAUUAUGAAAAAUGCAAGCUGCGGUGUUACCCAACUGUUUCAAGAAUUUUUAAAGUUACGUUUGAAAACGUAACAGGACUGUUUCCAAAUUUAACAUUCUAAUUACUGGAGCGUUAAGAUGGGUUCCAAGUACCCGCCGUACCCGCCCUACGAGGCCACCCCCGCCCCGCCCUCGGUGGCCGAGACCAUCGACGCUGGCCGCAGCCUGAGCGUGAAGCACAAAUCUGUGUUCCGCCCGCCGGCGCGCGCGCUGCCAAAACCUGCUAGACCAAGAACACCCAAAGUAACCGAUGUGAAGAUGUCCCGACGCGCCAUGAGGGCGCAUGCUCGCUGCCUUCGUCGGCACGGCGCGGUGCUCACCGACCGCCUCGAGAGGCUGGCCAAGCCGCGCCGUCGCAACGUCAUCUACUUGUGGCGAGAACAUGCGGACUUAUUGCCGCCUGAAACAAUAGAACGGUUCCGGAACAUGCUCAACGCCGACGAGCCGUUCAAGCCCGAUCAGGCGUAUGAAUACUUUGUCAAUUGCCGCAAAACUAAGAAGAAGAAUGCGGCUCACUGCAGCCUCUUAAAGAAGGACACGCACGCGGUGGUGACGGACAAACGCUUCUUAUGGGCGCGUAAUGCGACCGUGGCGUUCGCGCGCGGCAUCCAACAGAGAUUGUCCCGUCCCGGACGGUACACGCUGGCUGACGGGAUGCUACGCCUGUCCAACGUGAUAUUGGGCGAAACAUGCGGAUACAUGAAAAUGAGGACUCCAUCUCGACGAUGUACCAAUUCCAAGGCUAAAUUUAUGAUGGAAAUGUCCGAUAAGAUUGCAGUUUGGAUUGAUGAGAUACUAUCAGAAUCUGAUGAUCGAAUGUUAAUGAUGGACUAUGAUGAGGACGAAGAAGUGGAAAGGAGCAUACUAGAUAUGAACAGACCUGUGGGGUCCCUUCCGGACUCUGCGGCCCCGUCGGCUUCAGCUAUGGAGGCGGGACCGUCCUCUACGGUGGCCCCUUCAAGUACGACUGUCCUCUCUGCGACGGCUGCCGAUGUCGAGGGUCCAAGUCCAUCCCCACUAACUGACGCGGUCCCAGGAGCAGCAAGCCCGCCACCGCCGCCAGCCGACUUACUGUUCCCAGGCAGAUGGGCAUCGGGAGGCCGCGGGGGCGGCGACGGCGGCGAUGAUUUUGCAGAUGAUUUUCUUAACAUGAUGGGCGAAUCCAGCCUUCUAAGAGGACGCGAAAUGCUGGAGGCAUUUAAUAUUCUAACGGACUCUAUGCAAAAGAAAGGAGACGAUAAGCUACUUUCCUAUGGCAAAUUCAACCAAACCUAUGCUGAAGGAGCGGAUGAGUUGAAACAGACUCCCGAUUUUACCGCUACGGAAUUUAACACCACAUUAGCCGGUCAGCUAAACAAGGAUCUCGCGGCUUGCGCAGCGCCGAGUACGCCGGAUAAUAUCGCUUCCUUCAUGACAGAAAUGGUCGAUAUAUGCUCAAAUUUUUUGGCACAACACGCAGAAUUUAAUAAGGAUAAAGGGCCUGCCUUCAAAAUUUUGAUACAAGAAAUGAAAAAGAAGCCCAAAGAUGAGCUUUACAAGAAAGAAAAAAUUAACCGCACCUAUGGACAAGCGGCAGCAAUACUUGAGAAAGCUAAAGGGUUGGAGACCGACCAUGACGAUCCCAAUCUAUCUCAAGAUAUACAUUCGAAGUUGUCUGAUUUAGUGAAGAACGCUACUCCAGAUGAGCUGAAAACCGAUAUGGCUGAAACCGUGGACAUUUCCUCUAAGUUUCUGUCUCAGCAUGCUGUGGAUGAAGUGGAACGGGGACCUGCCUUUGACAUAUUGAUUAAGACGCUGGAAACGGGAGGGUCCCAGGAGUUUACACCACAGUUUGAUCCCUUGAAAACCAAUUUCCUCGUGGCAUAUGUGUUAUCAGCGCCAGGCCUAACCGGCAUCACCCCGGAACCGGAAACUGCUCCAAUUUUCCAGAAAGCUUUGCACGCGGUGGCUGACAGCGUUUGCCCUCAAAAUUUGAAGAAGGAUAUGGAAGAGGUCAUCGGACGCUGUGCAAACUAUUUAUCAGCCUUCAUUCGUGACCGAGAAGCGGCAUUGAAGAUUGUGAUAAAUGCAAUGAAGAAGUCACCAACUAAAGAGUUAGCUAAAAGGGGGACUUAUACUAUGGACUACGGAUAUGGAGCCAUGGAAACCGAAACUGCGCCUACAAUUGUUCCAUAUCUUCCUAUAAAAGAUAUCGCGGAUGAGAUGAAAGGAAAAUUAAACAAAGAUACGGAAACUGGCACUCCUGCAAAUUUGAAAGUUGCGGUGAAAAGUGCGGUUGCAGACGUUUCUAAGCAUCUCUCACAGGGUACAGCUAUACGAAGCAAAGCAGCCGGUGCCAGAUAUCCGCUAAACCUUCUGGCGGCGGUCAUGAAAUCAGCCGGGGACAAGAUACUAUACAAACAGAAAAACUACACUGAAACUUACGCAGGCGGUGGAGCAGAGCUGCAAUACGCCGGUAAAUUAGAAGUUGAUCCAAAAGCAAAUGAUUUACAAAUUGACAUCGACGGUGAGCUACACAAAGGAGUGCCGGUCAAAAUUGCCCCAACGAUCGCGGAAAGUGUGGGAGCCACAAUGGAAGAUGCUGCAAAACAUCUUGCUAAGUCGGGAAUGGCAAAAGCUGGGGCUGUGGAGCAUCUGAUAAAAGUGAUGAAGGAACAAGGUGAUGCUCCAUUGGGCAACCUCCAAGGCUACGAACAAAGUUAUAAAGAUGGUGCUCGAAGGAUUCAAAAUUCCGACUCUUUACACAACGACAAAGUAGAUAAAGGGACGUACGAAAAUGUACACGGAAAACUCAAAACGCUAGUUGAGAAAAACCCUGACGAGACGGUUGCGGGAGCUAUGCCGAGAGUGGUCGACGAAGCUUCUCAGUAUUUAGCAGCACCAUUACCCGAGACUGAGGCGGAAAAGCGCAGGGUCCUGGGAAACUUGAUGGCGAGGAAAGAGGACGAAAUACUGACGCAAGAGGGAGAUUAUAAAAUUACCUACACUCAGGGCGGAAAAGAAAUUCAAAACGCUCCUGUUGGAGUGACUACAGCAGAAGACGAAGGAAAGAAAAAGGAAAUACAAGAUAAAAUUAACACCACCAUGCCCAACAAAGAACUGAAAGAUCUUCUUAGCACGGAGGCUAUGAAACACGUCCAAGGCGAACUUAAAAAAGAAGGCGACAAAAAUUUCUUAAACGUUGGAAAGUUUGACAAGACUUACGCAGGGGCUGGAGAUAUGUUGGGUAAAGCACCAUCAUUUGGAGGAGAAAACCCUAACGGAAUGAUUCACGACGUGGUUCACGAUCGUUUGGAUAACCUGGACAAGACGAGCGCCUCGCCUUCAGCCAUGAAACAUAUGAACGAGGCCGUUGAUAAAGCAUCUAAUUACAUUUCUGACGUGGCUUCCAAGGAAAGUGGUUUGACUGCAGCAGAAAUUGCCGCGUGGAAAGCUUCAGGCGCAGGCGCGGGCGCAGGCGCGGGCGCAGGCGCGGGCGCAGGCGCGGGCGCAGGCGCGGGCGCAGGCGCGGGCGCAGGCGCGGGCGCAGGCGCGGGGGCUGGCGCGGGGGCUGGCGCGGGAGCGGGCGCGGGCGCGGACAUGGAUGCCGAAGAAGCGGAGCGGCAGGCUGCGGUGGAUAUUCUGCACAGGCAACUACAGGCCAAAGGCGGCGAAACGUUCUACAAACAUUCUCACUCCGAACUUUCGCAUAAGGCCGCCUCGGAUUGGUUGAAGAGUCCAUCCGCAGUGCACCAAUCUGUGAAGGAAUCUGGUGAUACGUCGCGUUUGGCCAACAAGUUUGAGCGGAAACUAGACUCGCUUGUCAGUAGCAGUACUCCUACUCAGCUGAAGGAUACCAUGCAAGAUGUUGUCAUUGAAGCUUCACAUGGCCUUGCCGAAUUCUUCGUUGCUGAGAGUUACAAGGCGCUUGUGAAGGAUGGACUGAUAUAUGAAAUGCAAAAACAUGGGAACAAUACAUUGAUUAACAAAAGAGACAUAACUGAGACUAAUUUCUUUGCUGCACAGAGGUUAAAGAAAAUGCAAGGAUCUAUACCAGCAGCGCCGCAUAUAGAGCCAUCUCGGACUGUCGCUCAUCUGUCCAGAAGAUUAGAAGAAACGAUCCGAUGUCGCGCUAUGCCUCGCAAAUUAAUAGGCACUAUGAAAGAACACAUACGAAAUACUGCUUACUAUUUGUCCGACAUUGUGGCUACACCAGAUCCGAACAUUGAGGCGUACGUGGCGCUCCUGAAAGAGAUGGACACGCAGGGAAGCGCGCUGCUCGUCGAGGGAGCUAUCCCCAAAACGUACAAGGAUUCCGCAGCAUACCUUCGAUUAUUGACAUCGUGUGCAGAUCAGAUCAAUCUCUCUAAUUCAGGGUUGGAAGGAAGUGUCUCAAGCAACCUAACCAGAACAAUGAAUAACGUGCCCGAAAGAGGAUACACUAAAGCCGACUUAGACGGUGUCAUACGUGCACAAACGAAAUUAUUGGUGUCGUACAUCAUGCUUCAAGAAAAAAGGACGGCUCUGCUAAAGCAACUCGUAGACCGGCUUGCCUCUGCUCCUGAGGGUCUGCUGCUGCGGCACGGCACCAUUCGCCAGUCCAACGGAGACGGAGUUCGCAUAUUAUCUGGAAAAAAUACCGAUCAGCUUACGGUGAGCGGUGCAGAUCCCGUAGUGGAACGUAAAGUUCAAAUCAAAAUUGUUAGUUUGAUGGAAGGAUUAGUACCCGAUAACCAAAAGGAACUCAUGGAUGGUGUAAUUGCUGAUGCUACUCGGUAUCUUGCUGUUCAUCUUUUACAACCACAUAUCAUCCAAGUGUGCAAGUGCAUGAAGAGCGUGUUCGUGCAAUGCGAGUUGUGGUGCGACGAGAUCUUCAGGCGCAUGUCGCGCCCGUGCUGCAGGUGCUCGCGGCAGCUGGUGACGGAUGCGCUGUCAGAACUAGCGCCCGGCGACCGGCUCCAAACGCCGACUGAGGGAGAUCGCGCCUACGCGCCCGGUAUGGAUAUCACCAUCAGGCCGUGUCCACGCACCUGCACACGUGGGUCGCCCUGCCCCGCGCCCACCCCCACAGAGGGCUGCCAGACCUCCUAUAUGGUCUACUCCACCGAGUACAACCGCCAGCGCCAGUGCCUCGAUUCGCCGACCAAACUCGCACGCUCGUCCUUCCACGACAACACUCCUAGCACCAUCAGUCACUUGUCCCUCGAAGUGUCGUCUGAAUCUAUACAACCCUCGAGCUCAAGCUUUUCACCCCAAUCGAGUCAAAACAAAAAUUCGACCUCUGAGGUCAUGUCUAACUCCUGCUCUUACCAUACACCGCUACUAUCUCCCAAAAAAUCUGGUGCUUGUUCCUUUGAAGGGACCAGGUCACCGCUGGGCUACGCUUCGAGAGCACCUGUUUCGUUACGUAUGCAAAUUAGUCCGACAACACCAUUCUCAGAGACGGGACACUCUGACAGGACAAGUCCAGAUUCAAAUGUUUCAGGGAUACCGGUGAUCUCAACCGAUCAAAUGGGCGACUGGCACGCCAUGAUGGUGAGCCUGACGUGGAACGUGCAAGCCUGGCGCAAGUGGAUACAAGAGACCGUGGACCGCGCGCUGUCAUAUCAGCAGACAGGUAAUAUUAGGAACCAAUGGGCGAAAUCAUGGAAUGUUUUUCGGAGAAAAAUAUGUACAGAAGCCCUACAAUGGCGCCAGUACAAUCUUUUCAGUCGUCAGUUGAUUCUACGACUGGCUCUCCGGUACCAGGACAAAAAGAUCGUCUCUCCGACCAGAGGGACUGUUAAGAAUAAAGAUUACAAGGUCUGUCAAAACGAAAUGUUGCAAGUUAUCGACAUGUUCAACAAAUGGACCCACUUUAUAUCUGUCAUAGUAAAGGAGACCGAUUCAUUACGACCGCCAUCACCUACUACGGACUCACAGCAACAUGAUUUGCGAUGGAAUUACUUCAAAAGUAAAGUGGAGGAACAUGCAGAAGAUUGGAAAAACUACAAUACGCAUAUCAUUAAAUUAAAUUGGGAAAAUCACUUCAUGGGACUCAUUCCAGAAUGGAUAUCACUGUGGAAAUCAGGCGGGCCGGUGUGGGUGGUGAGCGCGUGCGGCGCGGUGCCGAGCGGCGCGGUGGCGGCCGGCGCGGCCACCUGGGUGGCGCGCACCACGCACCGCGGCCGCGUGCUGCCCGCCGCCCUGUGGCCCUCCAUGCACUGCUGCGUGCUGUACGCGCAGGGCGCCGUGCACCACUACACCAAGUACCAGGUGCUAUGCAACGCGGACGUGGAGUGGAUCCCUUGGCGCGCGGGCGCGGCGAUGCCGCAGCGCGCGGUGGUGGUGGCGCCGCGCGUGCUGGUGGGCCGCGUGCGGCACCGCGGCACGCACCUGCUCGGCGCGGUGCCGGCGCCCAACCACCGCUGCCACGUGGUCAUCCUCGGCCGACCGUUCGCUGUCAACACCUACGAACUGUUGGUGCUGGCGGACCCGGACACGUAACCUUUCG